AUGCGCGUCUUCGCUGUCCUCGCCCUCGCCAUGCUCGCCGGCGCCUCGCCACUGCUGCGCCCUGUGAGCCCCACGACGCCAGAAGUGGCGCUGCCCAGCGCCCUAUGCUCGCCUUGCGUUCAGCUCGGCUCCCAGGGCAUCAACCUGCUGCUGAACUACCUUCUGAAUGCGGGUGUCGUGACUAGCUGUUCGAAGCUUUGCAGCCACCUGCCUGGCAAGGCGGAGCAGACUAUCUGCAACCUCGCCUGCGAUUUGGCAGGAAUCAAGGAGUUCGUGGACAUCCUGAACCACACGGACUUGGAUCCCAUCUACUUCUGCGAGCUCUUGACUCUCUGCCACGCUGGCCCGGACGACGCAUCGGCACGCAUUAUGGACAUCCAGGCCUCGCCGUCGACCAUCUCCAAGGGUGAAACCGUGAAGCUGUUGGCUGAUAUCAAUGUGACAAAGGCCCUCGGCGUAGGCGAGUUCCGUGUCGCCGUGCACGGCCCAGUCACUUCGCACAUCUCGGAUGGCUUUCUCCUGCCGAAGGGCCUCACUGAAGGUGCCAUGCAGCUGGGUGCAGAGCUGAAGGUAGAAGAUGACACCUCCGGCGAUGAGCCUGUGAUCUGGCGUCCAGGCACUUAUACCUUUGACAUCCACCUUUGCCAGGGCGAGUGUGGCUCGAAGCACCCGCACUCAAAGGACUUCGGCACGGCCACGGGCAACUUCACCUUGAAGGAUGCACUCAUGGUGGUGUGA